UUUUGUUUUUUGCUAAAGCUGCUCCUAGUUUUUAUGAAUAUUCUUCUAACAAGAAACAACAGCUGUUUGAAAGCUUAUAGAUCUGGUGUUUUUUUUGGUUUUGUUUUUUUAUUUAUCUGAUUGACAAAUCUGUUACUGAAUUGUACACACAAAAAAGUAAAUUUUGUUCAAACGAAGGACCAAACGUACAUUUCCACCUCAUGAAUAAAUAAAAUGAACGCGGAAUUAGCCGGAAAUUUGAUUUCAUUUGAGAUUUGAAAUGAACAAAUCUGAUUGGUCAACUGUGACAUGACGUAAGACCGGAAGUGUUCAUAGCAGCUUCUGGAGUCAAAACAGUGCGUUUGAAGUCGCUUUCUUUUUAUAAAACGACUAAAUUGUCAUGUCAGUGCCUCGUCAUUUUGUUUUUACGGAAAAAAUAGCUAAAAGUAUUUUAUUAGCGGGAGUUUGUUUACCGGAAACAGUCGAAGAGUGGGAGAAAAUCGCGGACUGAAACCGAGACUGCUAACCAGCAGCGGGCACGAGCUAAUGCCUGCUAACCGGAAGUCUGGAGGAGCUGACUGCAGCGUGGUUAAAGCUGUAGAAAGAAAGACGUCGGUGUGGACCAGCAUGUGACCCUGGAGCUUCUACAAACACCAUGAGUCGUCUGGAGGAGCUGGCCAACAUCGCCCUGAGGGUACCCAGCAUGUUGGUCCUGGACUUGCUGUACAAAUGCGACGUCGAAGGUCUGACGGAGCACCUGAAAGCCAAGAACGACAACAUGCUCUUCAAAUACAAAUAUGUUAUCUGGAACAUCUAUUAUAUAGGACAUUUCAUAAACAUGGUGGUUUUAGUUCUGCCUUUGAGACAUAUUGUGACGCUCUACCUCCACAUCCUAGUCGGCCUUCUCCUCUACAUGGGGCAUCAAAUUUCCAAGGAUUACAUCCGCGAGGAGCUGACGUACGGUUACCACGCUGCAGCUCACCUGAACGCUUCAGCCUUCAGCAGAUUUGUCUCUGCCAUGACAAGUCAGAUCAUCCUCAGCACGCUGUGUGCCUUCCUGAUGAGGACCAGGAAGGUGUGGUUGUUCUCUGCUCACAUGCUCCCCCUGCUGGUUCGGCUCUGGUCUCCUCCGCACCCCGGCCUCCUGACCAUCAGCUCUCUGUCUGUGGGGCUGACGGCCGCGGGGGUGGCAGCCUUCCUCCUCUCAAACCUCUUUGUGCCGUAUCGCCUGGCCAGAGCAGCCCUCUCCGAGCUGUCUCAGUUUGAGAUCACUGAGCUCUACAGGUUCCUGGCUGUGGGAAUCUCCCUGUGGAACCAGUUUGCCGUCCCAGCGCUCUUCUCUCUCUUCUGGUGUGUUCUGUUCACGGUCCAGCUGUGCUCGGACGUCCUGUCUGCCGGGGCCUCAGCGGUCCAUUCAGGGAUCAUCUUCCUCCUGCUGACGAGUGUGUCAGAGUGCUGCGCCACGCCCUACUCUCUUCUGGGUCUGACCUUCGUCGUGUCCUACCUGGCUCUUGGGCUGCUCAACCUGUGCAAGUUUUACCUGGGAGGAUUUGCAGCUAUUCAGAAUGAGAACGUCAUGCACAGGGGCGUGACGGAAGGCGUGACUCUGCUGCUUCUUGCUCUUCAGACCGGCCUGUUGGACAUGCAGGCUCUGCAGCGCACCUUCCUCCUCAGCAUCAUCCUCUUCAUUGUGACCACGUCCACUCUGCAGUCAAUGAUUGAAAUAACAGACCCCAUCAUCCUGGCGCUGGGCGCAUCCAGAAACAGGAGUCUGUGGAAACACAUCAGAGGCCUCAGUAUGUGUCUUUUCCUGCUGGUUUUUCCAGUGUUCAUGGCUUUUAGAAUAUCUCAGUUCUUCCACAUGGACUUCUGGCUUCUUAUACUCGUGUCCAGCUGCAUGCUCACGUCACUGCAGGUGACAGGAACCAUGCUGAUCUAUCUGCUCUUCAUGGUGGAGCUGUUCCGCAGCGACCCAAUCGAGAGUCUGGAUGAGGUGAUCUACUGGGUUCACGCCGUCAGCCGGGUGCUGGAGUUCCUGGUGGCGCUCUGUGUGGUGGCUUACGGCACCUGGGAGUCUCUGUUUGGGGAGUGGAGCUGGAUGGGAGCGUCCGUCAUCAUCAUCCACUCGUACUUCAACGUGUGGCUGAGAGCUCAGACUGGAUGGAGGAGCUUCCUGCUCAGGCGAGCAGCAGCCAAGAAGAUCAGCUCUCUUCCUGCAGCCUCAGAGCAGCAGCUGCAGCAGCACGACGACGUCUGCUCCAUCUGCUUUCAGGACAUGAGCUCUGCUGUGGUCACUUCCUGUGGACAUUUCUUCCAUGGAAAUUGCCUCAGAAAGUGGCUGUAUGUGCAGGAAACGUGCCCCAUGUGUCACCAACCCAUACAACCAGCACCGUCUCCUCAGAGAGAUGCCGAACCAGAACAGAACGCUGACAGCUCCGCAGCAAAGGACACACCGGCUGAAGAGGUCCCUGCUGAUCCCCCUGAGCAUCAGGAGAGGGGGCGGAGCAAUGAGAACGAAGAGGAGGAGCAUCCAGCUGAUGAUGCUCCCGAUCUUUGCUUCCAAUCGGCCGGAGACUUUUGUGGGUUUGCCGAUCCAGUUCCUUCAUCCUCCCAUGAUCCACCAGGUCACAGCUCUCCUCCUGACGGCCUCAGUCAGGGUGAGGAGACCAGAACAGACUCUCCUCCCACUUCUCCACCCGGAGCUGGGGUCAGAGCCCCGGACCAAUGUGACGCCCAACAGUUCGGCCUCAGAAACAUUCAUGCUUUCCCCUCCAGCAGUGAGGGGGCGCUCGGAUCACGCUGCAGCUCCGAUCCAGCGCAGGAAGAGCGUGAUAAAUCAGCUGGAACCCCCCUCUGGAGUGAACUCUGAUAAUCAGCAGAACCUCCAGCUGUUCCACCCAGAGUCUGCUGCAGAAGCCCUGUAUCAGUGCCUGCAGGGGUCAGAAACGUGACUCUACAGGAGGGCGGGGCUAAAGUUUUAUCAGAAAUAUCUGUGAAGGUUCUUCACUCCAGACAAAAUUGCUUUGGAUUGAAACCUUGAGCUGGUUUUGCAGCCGUAAAUUAAGAAUAAAAUCUUGAAACAUGAAGCUGAAUUUACUGUUUUCAGAUGACGUUUACCUUAAAAUGACUUUCUAAACACAUUUUCUUUCAUAUUUGAUGCUGAUCUGUAAUGUUUGGGGGUUUUGGAGCCUGCAUCAGACAGUUAAUGUGAAA